GUGGUAGAUGGAGUAACGGAGAGGAGAGAAGUCCACGUAUUACCAUGCCGAGAUUUGGACUACACAAACUACACUCAAAACCUCCCAAUAUACGAGAUUAAUAACAGAAGAGGUGAAGAUCACGGUACGAUAAUGGGGAAGCACUUGGUUUCACUGCUUGUGCUCCUCCUGCCGCUCAUCUGUGGCUGCGCAGGGAACCAAAGGAUGGUGAGGGCCACCCCCAUGCAGUUCACUCACCCUGUUUACAAUGCUACCAUAUAUGAGAACUCUGCUGCUAAGACGUACUUAGAGAGUCACACCAAGAUGGGGAUCUAUAUCACAGACCCAAGCUGGGAGAUACGGUACAAAAUCAUCUCUGGAGACAAUGAGAACUUAUUCAAAGCAGAGGACAUCCUGCUGGGAGAUUUCAGUUUUUUGCGAAUAAGGACCAAAGGAGGCAGCACUGCCAUUCUGAACCGGGAGGUUAAAGACCACUACAUACUGACUGUUAAAGGUUCAGAGAGGGGCACCAAUUUGGAGUGUCGCACCAGAGUGAAGGUGCAGGUACUUGACACCAAUGAUCUGAGGCCUCUCUUCUCCCCAACGUCCUACAGCAUCUCUCUGCCGGAGAACACGGCCAUACGCACAAGUGUGGCCAAGGUCACGGCAACGGAUGCAGAUAUUGGUACGAAUGGAGAAUACUACUACAGUUUCAGAGAGUGGACGGACAUGUUCGCUGUUCAUCCAACAAGCGGUGUGGUGACAUUGACUGGCAAACUCGACUACACAGAGACAAAGCUGUACGAGUUGGAGAUCCUUGCAGUGGACAGAGGGAUGAAGCUGUAUGGCAGCAGUGGCUUCAGUAGCAUGGCCAAACUUACAGUGAGGGUGGAGCAAGCCAAUGAGCAUGCACCGGUAAUCACAGCAGUAACUUUGGCCCCCUCAGAUGCAGACCAUGACCCCACCUAUGCUAUUGUGACAGUUGAGGACAAUGACCAGGGACCAAAUGGAGAGAUAGCAUCAUUGAGCAUUGUCGCUGGUGACCCCCUUCAGCAGUUCAAGGCUGUAAGAACCAGCCCUGGGAGCAAGGAGUAUAAAAUCAAAGCAGUCAAAGACGUAGACUGGGACAGCCAGCCUUUUGGAUACAACCUCACUUUACAGGCCAAGGACAAAGGAAGCCCCCCUCAAUUUUCAUCUGCUAAAUUGGUACAUGUCACUUCUGCACAGUUUAAAGUGGGCCCUCCUAUAUUUGAAAAUGCCAUUUACAGAGUCAAUCUGAGUGAAUUUGCCCCCCUUCAUACACCUGUCACUAUGGUAACAGCUGUGCCAAAGUAUCCACAGCUUAAAUAUGCUUUUAGACAUAAAUCUGACAAGAGCAAAUUUACUAUCAAUCCAGAUACUGGCUUAAUCAGCACUGCAGGACCAAUCAAUGCUGAUUCUUCACCCCGAUUUGAGCUGGACGUUAUCACCAGUGACAAAAAAGCGGCGACAAAAGUGAUCGUUGAUGUGAUUGAUGUGAAUAACAAUGCACCUGAGUUCAAGCAGACAUCUUACAGGACCACUGUCGAUGAGAAUGCACCCAUAGGGACCAGUGUGGAAACGGUUAAAGCCACUGAUCUAGACAGAGGGGAGAAUGGCUAUGUGACCUACAGCAUUACCAAUAUGAGCCCACAGCCAUUUGUCAUCGACUACUUCUCUGGUGUCAUCAGUACGUCAGAGGUCCUAGAUUAUGAGCUCAUGCCCAGGAUUUAUAAUCUCAGAGUCAGGGCAUCGGAUUGGGGAUCCCCUUUCCGGAGAGAGGUGGAAGCAUCAGUCACCAUAACAUUAAAUAACUUGAAUGACAAUAAGCCCUUGUUUGAAAAUGUAGACUGUGAAGUCACUGUGCCGAGAGAUCACGGCGUGGGAGAGCAGAUAACAACAGUGUCUGCCAUAGAUGCUGAUGAACUGCAACUAGUACGGUACAAUAUUAAAGCGGGGAAUGAUCUUGACCUGUUUGAUCUGAACCCAAACUCUGGGGUACUUUCACUGAAGCACACGCUGAGUGAGGGAGAGGCAGCUAAAGUAUCCUUCCAUAGUUUACAAAUCAUCGCAACCGAUGGUGAACACGAGACUCGGCCAAUGAUCAUGAACAUAACUGUCAUCACAGCACGCAAGCCUGUCCAAUUAAAAUGUGUCGAAACUGGUGUCGCCACUAUGUUGGCUGAAAAGCUACUACAGGGCAGCAAAAUCCACACGCAAACUGAGCCAGAUGACAACUUUAUGGACAUUCCCUCAGUCAACCGGUACGCUCCUCAGUUUGCAGAGUCUUUCCCAAGUGUUAUUGAAGUUAAAGAGGACCUCCCAGUUGGGGCCCGGGUUGUCCACCUAAGUGCCACAGACAUAGACAGUGGCUUCAAUGGGAAACUAGUGUAUGUUAUUUCAGGAGGAGACACAGAAAGCCGCUUCAUAGUAGAAAUGGAAACUGGUUGGCUUUUGGUUUACUCUCCCCUAGACAGGGAAACAACCGAUCAUUACACACUCAACGUAACAGUGUAUGAUCUCGGCAUACCACAGAAAUCUUCAUCACGCCUCUUGGAUGUCAAGAUCCUAGACGCUAACGAUAAUAGCCCUCAAUUUUUGCAAGAUUCAUACUCUGUCGAAAUAAGCGAGAGUACACCUGUGGGUACGGAAAUUAUCCAGGUGGACUCGACGGACAAGGAUCAAGGAGAUAAUGGCAUUGUAAAGUAUUCCAUUUUAGGUGGCACAGAUCAUUUUGCAAUCAAUGAGGAAACUGGUGUGGUGACUGUGACAAAGCCGCUGGAUCGUGAGCUCUAUCCAGUUUAUAUCUUGAAGAUCGCGGCACGUGACCAGGCAGUAAAUGAGCCCCAGCUAGUGUCCACUGUACUGCUUAAGAUCACCUUGGAAGAUGUGAAUGAUAAUCCGCCUAAAUUUGUACCUCCUAAUUACCGCGUGAAGGUGAGGGAAGACCUUCCUAUUGGUACUGUAAUUAUGUGGCUGGAGGCUCACGACCCCGAUAUCGGACCCUCCAGUCAGGUACGAUACAGCCUGAUCGAUAACGGAGAUGGGAAUUUCGAAGUAGACAAGCUGAGCGGCGCCGUGCGGAUCGUGCAGAACCUAGAUUACGAGACAAGACAGGUGUACAAUCUGACUGCAAAAGCUAAAGACAAAGGGAAGCCCAUAUCAUUGUCAUCAACUUGUUUCAUUGAGGUGGACAUAGUGGACGUGAACGAGAAUCUGUACCGGCCUUUGUUUCGAUCAUUUGUGGAAAAGGGAUUUAUAAAAGAAGAUGCACUUAUCGGGACUUCAGUGAUGACAGUAACAGCCGAAGAUGAGGACAAAGGACGAGACGGAGAGAUUCGAUACUCCAUACGAGAUGGAUCCGGCCUGGGGAUAUUUACCAUAGAUGAGGAAACUGGUAUUAUUCGAACACAAGAACUGCUGGACCAUGAGACCACACCUCACUACUGGCUCACAGUGUAUGCCAUGGAUCGUGGCGUGGUGCCGCUCUCGGCCUUUGUCGAGGUCUACGUUGAAGUGCAAGACGUCAAUGACAAUGCACCGCAAACCUCCGAACCUGUCUACUACCCUUCUGUCAUGGAGAACUCCCCUAAAGAUGUGUCUAUCAUCCAGAUAGAAGCUGUUGAUCCAGAUGCCAAGGCCAGUGAUAAACUCAGCUACAGAAUCACCAGUGGCAACCCCCAGGGUUUCUUUGCCAUCAACUCCAGGACAGGUCUGGUUACCACUACUUCAAGGAGACUGGACAGAGAGCAGCAAGAUGAGCACAUUCUUGAGAUCACCGUCACUGACCACGGCGUUCCUGCUAAAUCCACCACUGUCCGCGUCAUCGUCCAAGUCCUCGAUGAGAAUGACAACAGGCCGUUGUUCCUGGAGAAAAUCUAUAAGAUCAAGCUCCCCGAGCGGGAGAGGCCAGAGCGAGAGAGAGCGAUGAGGAGAGACCCAGUGUAUCGAGUCAUUGCAUCAGACAAAGAUGAGGGACCCAAUGCUGAGAUCUCUUACAGCAUUGAGGAGGGGGACGAACACGGCAAGUUUUUCAUUGAACCCAAGACUGGCCUGGUGUCAUCCAAGAAGUUCUCUUCAGCCGGAGAAUAUGACAUUCUUACAAUUAAAGCCGUCGACAAUGGACGUCCUCAGAAAUCCUCCACUUGUCGCCUGCAUAUCGAGUGGAUUCCCAAACCAGAAGUGCCAGCAGAUGCAGCUCUCCUGCUUUUCGAAGAGUCCCCCUUCAUCUUCUCUGUAAUGGAAAGUGACCCUGUGGCACACAUGGUGGGCGUCGUAGCCACCGAAUCCUCUGAUGUUCCCGUGUGGUUUGAAAUCACAGGUGGUAAUUAUGACAGCCGCUUUGACGUGGGCAAGGCCAGUGGAACCUUGAUUGUAGCGAGGCCCCUGGACGCUGAGCAGAAAUCAAAUUACAACCUGACGGUGGAAGCCACAGAUGGGACACGAACUGUCAGCACCCAGGUCCUUAUCCGUGUCAUUGACACCAACAACCACCGACCACAGUUCUCUCAGCCUAAGUAUGAAGUGAAUGUCCCUGAAGACACUCCAGCUGGGGCCGAGGUCCUACAGAUCAGUGCUGUGGACGAAGACGAGAAGAACAAACUGACCUUUACACUCCUGAGCAGCACUGAUCCCUUCAGCCUGAAAAAGUUCAGACUAGACCCAGGAACAGGCAUUCUUUACACUGCGGAACAACUGGACCAUGAGACUAUGCAUAGCCACGUCCUCACUGUCAUGGUAAGAGACCAAGACAUCCCAGUGAAGAGGAACCUUGUGCGAGUUAUUGUCAACGUGGAAGACACCAAUGAUAAUGCACCCUGGUUUAUAGGCACACCUUACUCUGGCCGUGUGUUUGAGUCUGCUGCCAUAGGCUCAGCUGUGCUCCAGGUUACGGCUCUUGACAAAGACAAGGGCCAGAAUGCAGAGAUCCUCUACAGCAUUGAGUCAGGAAAUGUUGCGAACUCAUUUGCCAUCGACCCUGUCCUCGGGACAAUUACAGUAGCCAAAGAGCUUGAUCGCAGCAGCAAGACCCAAUUCGAACUCACUGUUAAGGCAUCUGAUAGAGGAGUAUCUUCACUGUCAACUACAGCCAAUGUACACAUUGUGGUAACAGUUUCUGACAAUGCAGCCCCCAGAUUCACUGAAAAGGAGUUCUCUGCAGAAGUCAGUGAAUCAGUACAUCCAGGAAGUUUUGUGAGCUUGGUCACAGCUGUCAGCCAGUCAUCAGUUUUCUUUCAGAUAAAAGAUGGCAACAUCAACAACGCAUUUGAUAUAAACCCAAACUCUGGAGUGGUUGUGACCCAGAGAGCUUUAGAUUAUGAGACCACCUCUCAAUAUAAGCUUAUCAUACAGGGCACCAAUAUGGCUGGACUCGCCAGCAACACAACACUUCAGAUUCAUUUGAAGGAUGAAAAUGACAAUGCCCCAAUCUUUCUCCAGGGGGAAUUCAAAGGAGUAAUCAGCGAGUCCGCCUCCAUCAACAGUGUUGUUCUGACCCAUGAAAACACUCCUUUUGUCAUCCGCGCCUCUGAUGCUGAUUGUGACCAGAAUGCCAUGCUCAUCUAUCAGAUUGUCGAACCUUUCGCGCUUAAUUAUUUUGCCAUUGACUCUAGCACUGGGGCUAUCAGAAUCACAACAGCUCUGGAUUAUGAACAGAGGAAUAUUUUCCGCUUCACAGUCCAGGUCCAUGAUCUAGGAAUGCCACGGCUGUUUGCAGAAACGCCAGCCAACGUGACCAUUGAAGUAAUUGAUAUUAAUGACUGUUCACCAGUUUUCAGCCAAGAACUGUAUGAGACAACUAUCGUAGUGCCAACAUACAAAGGGGUGGAAGUUAUAACAGUGAAUGCUACUGACUUGGACUCUGGGCCUAACUCCAAACUUCUCUUUUCCAUCUCUGAGGGGAAUAUUGGUGAUAAAUUUAAAAUUGAUCCAAUCACAGGCAUAAUCUCUAUUCAAAAUGUCACACAACUGAGGAGCAGAUAUGAAUUGAAAGUCAGGGUUUCGGAUGGAAGAUUUGCUACUGUUGCCACAGUAAAGAUAAAUGUAAAGGAAAACCAGGAGAGCAAGCUUAAGUUCACUAGAGAGUCUUACAAAGCCUACGUCAAAGAAAACUCUUCCGAGAAGAAAACACUAGCAGUCAUUGCUGCUGUUGGGAACCAGGUGAACGAGCCUUUGUUUUACAAAAUUUUGAACCCUGACAGCAGAUUUGUUAUCAGCCACACAUCUGGGGUAAUCUCAACCACUGGAAUACCAUUUAAUCGUGAAACACAAGACACAUUUGAUAUUGUUGUUGAGGUCACCAGGGAGGACAAAUCUAAGGAUGGGGCUCAUGUACUCGUGACUGUAACAGUGGAAGAUGUAAAUGACAACAAACCUAUGUUUGUGAACCUUCCCUAUCAUGCUCUGGUCCAAAUGGACGCAGAAGAAGGCCAGGUCAUCCGGCAGGUCACAGCAGUGGACAAAGACCUGGGCCAGAAUGCAGAUAUCCAUUAUCAGUUAAAGGAAGAUCAUGGGCACUUUGAAAUCAGUCGCUCUGGUGAAAUCUCCCUCAAAAAGAAGUUUGAGAAAGAGUCGCUUGACACUGACUUUGUCAUCAUUGUUAUAGCUAAGGACAAUGGGGAGCCAGCACUCUCGGCAGAAGUAGAAGUGCCAAUAACAGUGGUGAACAAAGCAAUGCCUGUGUUUGAGAAGCCUUUUUACAGCAUUGAAAUCCCUGAAAAUAUUCAGUUGCGCACACCUGUGCUUCAUGUACAGGCGAAUGAUUCUGAGGGGCCUCGAAUUGUUUACACCAUCUCUGAGGGGGAUCCCUUUAAACAGUUCUCAAUUGAUUUCAACACAGGUGUUAUCCAUGUGAUUCAGCCUCUGGACUUUGAGACACAUCCUGCAUACAAAUUAAAUGUAAGAGCCACAGACUCUCUUACUGGAGCACACUCUGAAGUAUUUGUAGAUAUCAUACUGGAAGAUGUAAAUGAUAACGCCCCUGUGUUCCUAUCAAAGACCUACUAUGCCAAUAUUUCUGAGGCCUCUGUCAUUGGUACAUCGGUUUUGCAAGUUGAUGCCAAAGAUUCUGAUACUGGUAAUAACCAAGAAGUAUUCUUCCAGUUGGUCGAGGAGAAGGGGAAGAGUUCAGAAUAUUUCACCAUUGACCGUGAUACAGGAAUAAUCUCUACUGCUCAAGUACUUGAUCAUGAGGAGUUUCAACAACACCAGUUGAGGGUUCGUGUUGUGGAUGGAGGAGUACCAGCCCUCUCUAGUGAUGUCAUUGUAACAAUAGAUGUCACUGACCUGAAUGACAAUGCUCCAAUAUUUACAGAGCACACCUACAAAACUACCAUCAGUGAAUUAGCCUCACGCGGACACUUCAUCACCCAAGUCCAGGCAUCUGAUGCAGAUAGCUCAGACUCAAAUAAGCUGAGGUUCUCCAUCAUAUCGGGAAAUGAGGAUCAGAACUUUGCCAUUGACAAAUACACGGGUGCCAUUGUGAUUUCCAACCACCGCAGGCCACAUAUGCAGCCUCAGUACAACCUCAAAGUGUCAGUAUCAGACAGUGUAUUCAGAAGCUCGGCCAUUGUCAACGUAACAGUUAUUGGUGCCAACUUCCACAACCCCACCUUCUCUCAGUUGGACUAUGUGGUAGAGCUUGUUGAAAACUCACCUGUCGGUACUUUUGUAGCUGAAGCAAAAGCAACAGAUGACGAUGAAGGCAUUUAUGGGCAAAUAACAUACCGGAUUGUGAAUGACUUCGCAACAAACAAGUUCUCUGUCAAUGAAAACGGAGAGAUUUUCACUCUCGAGAUGCUUGACCGUGAGAAUACCAUUGAGAAGGUUAUUCCUAUUUCUCUCAUAGCUAAAGACGGAGGUGGAAAAGUAGGCUUUUGUACUGUCAAUGUCAUUCUAACAGACGUCAAUGACAAUGCCCCACAAUUCAGGGCAGUUGAAUACAAAGCCACUAUUGCAUCAGAUGUCUUAAAGGGAACCUCUGUGAUUAAAAUUGCUGCUUCAGACAUGGAUGAGGGAAGCAAUGCUGACAUAGAAUACUCAAUUGUAGCAGAUGUUGAAAAUGUGGCAGAGAACUUUGAAAUCCAUCCUACCUCUGGGGUCAUUGUAACCAAAGAGAGUCUCAUUGGGCUUGAAAAUGAUCUCUAUGCAUUCUUUGUUAGGGCAAAGGAUACUGGGAAUCCAUCCAAAUAUUCUGUUGUUCAGGUUUACAUUAGGAUUGUUUCACCAGAGACACCAGUUCCCAAAUUUGCUGAACCACAUUACCGUUAUACCAUUGCUGAAGACCUUCCCAUUGGAACAGAGAUCGAUGUGAUUCAGGCAGAAAGUGAACAGCCAGUCUUAUACAGCCUUGUGAAGGGCAACACUCCUGAGAGCAACGAAGAUGAGGUGUUUGUUGUAGACAGAGAUGCCGGAGUCUUGAAACUGCAGAAAAGCCUCGACCAUGAGACUACCAAAUGGUAUCAACUCACACUGCUUGCACAAAACAAGCAUGAAAACUAUGAAGUGGUUUCAUCUGUGAAUAUAGACAUCCAAGUGAAAGAUCUUAAUGACAACAACCCUGUCUUUGAUUCGGACCCUUACGAGGCUGUCAUUGUGGAAAACCUCCCAAGCGGGGCUCAAGUAAUCCAAGUCAAAGCCACCGACCAAGACUCUGGAACCAAUGGCCAUGUCGUUUACAGCCUAGACCCCAAGCAGAACUCACCAGAGAUCUCAGAGCUCUUUGCUGUUAACAGUGAAACUGGAUGGGUGACCACCUUAAAAGAGCUAGACCGUGAAAAGAUGGACAAAUAUAUAAUCACAGUCAUAGCCACAGACCAAGGGGAUAAAGUCCAACAUGUGACUGCCACUAGAGUGAGGGUAACAGUCGCUGAUGUGAAUGACAACCCACCCCGCUUCACUGCAGAGAUCUACAAAGGCACAGUCAGCGAAGAUGACCCUCCUCCCAGCGGGGUGAUCGCUAUCCUCAGCACCACUGAUGAUGAUUCUGAGGACAUCAAUAAACAAGUGAACUACUUCAUCACAGGAGGGGAUCCACUUGGCCAAUUUGCCAUCGAACACAUUCAGAAUGAAUGGAAGGUCUCUGUCAGGAAGCCCUUGGACCGUGAGGAGAAAGACAAUUAUCUCCUUAACAUCACUGCCAGUGAUGGCAUAUUCACUGCCAAAGCUAUUGUGGAGGUUAAGGUGCUGGAUGCCAAUGACAACAACCCUGUAUGCGAAAAGUCUCUAUAUAGCGAGAGCGUCCCAGAGGACUCCCCUGCUGGCAGGCUCAUCUUGCAGGUCUCAGCCACAGAUGCUGACAUCCGCUCAAACGCUCAAAUCUCUUAUGAGCUCCAGGGAGUUGGAUCAGAAUUGUUCAUCAUUGACUCUGAUACAGGGGAGUUGAAGACCUCACAGCCCCUUGACCGAGAGGAGCAAGAUGAGCACAAGUUCAAAGUGCGGGCUGUGGACGGAGGAGGACGGUACUGUGAGGCUGACAUCCAUAUCACUGUGGAAGACGCCAAUGACAAUGCGCCUCAGUUCUCAGCCGAUCCGUACACCUUCACAGUCUUUGAGAACACGGAGAUGGGCACAUUUGUGGCAAAACUGCAGGCAAAUGAUAUCGACACUGGUCUCAACGGCGACGUCCUGUACACACUGGUCAAUUCAGCAGAAGGAUUUUUCUCCAUUGACGAGCAUACCGGUGUAAUAAGCCUGGAACGUUCACUGGACCGAGAGAAGCAGGCAGUGUAUGAGCUGAAGGCCCGCGUAAGUGACCAGGGCUCGCCUCGUCUUUCCUCACUGUGCCAGGUGGUGGUCUCUGUCCUGGAUAUCAACGACAAUCCUCCAGUGUUUGAGCACCGUGAAUAUACAGCCACAGUGUCUGAGGACGUGGCCGUGGGCACUCAAGUGCUUAGAGUGCAGGCAGCCAGCCGGGACACGGAGGCUAAUGGAGAGAUCUCUUACAGCAUCAUCAGUGGGAAUGAGCAUGGCAUGUUCAGCGUCGACCCACGCACUGGUGACGUCUUUGUGAUUGAGCCAUUAGACUAUGAGAUCUCCCAUGAAUAUUAUGUCACUAUAGAGGCCACAGAUGGAGGCUCACCACCUCUCAGCGACAUGGCCACCGUGAACAUCAACCUGACUGAUGUCAAUGACAACAAACCCGUCUUCAGCCAGGACAUCUACACAGCCGUUGUCAGUGAGGACGCUGAGCUGGGGAGGACUGUGUUGAUGGUCGUGGCAGAGGAUGCUGAUGGGCCAUCUUACGAUCACGUGCGUUACUCCAUCGUGGAUGGUAACCAAGGCAGCCCCUUCACCAUCGAUCCAGUCAGAGGAGAGCUCAGGGUUGCUCGCCAGCUGGACAGAGAGAGAGCAUCAGGGUACACUCUGACAGUGGUUGCUUCAGACAACGGGGUGCCCCCUCUUUCCAGCAGCGCCAUGAUCAACAUUGACAUCUCAGACGUCAAUGACAACCCACCCCUUUUCUCCCAGGCCAACUACAGCCUCAUCAUCCAGGAAAAUCGACCAAAAGGCACAAGUGUUCUCCAACUCACUGUAACCGAUCGGGAUGCUUCCCACAAUGGCCCACCUUUCACCUUUGCCAUCGUGGAUGGGAACGAGGACAGCGCUUUCCACAUCAAUCAGCAGGGCGCUUUAGUGGCCGUGGGGGCGCUGAAUAGGAAGAGUAAAGAACACUACCUACUUCAAGCACAGGUGUCAGACAGCGGCAAACCUCAGCUCUUUUCCACCGCCUUCGUCAGCGUACGUGUAAUCGAGGAGAGCGUAUACCCUCCUGCGAUUCUUCCGCUGGACAUUUUUAUCUCCACCGCUGGCGAUGAAUACCCUGGAGGUGUCCUGGGCAAAAUCCACGCCACUGACCAAGACAUCUAUGACACUCUAACCUACAGCCUCGCCCCAUCUUCUUCAUCCUCCUCCUCUUCCACAGACGAGAGCAGCGACUUGUUUUCGGUUUCAGCCUCCGACGGUAAAGUUAUCGCCCUUCGACCGCUCGACGUGGGCCACUACCCUCUCAACGUGACGGUGACCGACGGACGCUUCACCACAGCCGCUGAUGUCACCGUGCAUGUGCGUCAAGUACCUCGUCAGGCCCUGGAUAACUCCAUCGCAGUGCGCUUUGCAAACAUUGCUCCGGAAGAGUUUAUCGGGGACUACUGGCGCAACUUCCAGCGAGCACUGAGAAACAUUGCUGGAGUGAGGAGGAGUGAGGUCCAGUUAGUGAGCCUGCAACCUUCGGAGCAAGGAGAUCUGGAUGUCCUGUUGACUCUGGAGAGGUCUGGCAGCCCCUACCAAUCUCAGGAAGUUGUCUUCCGUAAGCUGAACUCGUCUGCCGCUGUGAUCGAGGAGAUGACGGGGGUCCGGAUCGUGCGGGUGGUGCAGAAGCUGUGCGCGGGGCUGGACUGCCCGUUACACUUCUGCGACGAGGUCAUCUCCCUGGAUAAGACGUCGAUGUCCACUUACAGCACGGCUCGCCUCAGCUUCGUCACCCCGCGGCAUCAGAGAACUGCAACCUGCCAGUGUGAAGGUGGCAGAUGUCCUGUGCUGAACAACUUGUGUGAGAACAACCCAUGUCCGGAGGGUAUGGAGUGUGUGGCAGAUCCUCGAGAUACUGUGUACAGUUGUGUGUGUCCAGAGGGUAAAAAGGGCAAAUGUUCCGAUGGCCACUCGCUGACGUUCAGCGGCAACGGCUAUGUGAAAUACCAUCUGAUGGAGAAUGAGAACAAGGAGUUGAUGAAGCUGUCUCUAAGGCUCAGGACCUUCUCCAGCCACGCGACAGUCAUGUAUGCUAAAGGAACAGACUACAGCAUCCUUGAGAUUGUGAACGGUCGUCUGCAGUACAAGUUCGACUGUGGCAGUGGCCCCGGCCUCGUAUCGGUCCACAGCGCUCAGGUGAACGACGGGGAGUGGCACACUGUCUCGCUGGAGGUGGACGGCAACUACGCUAAGCUGGUGCUGGACCGAGUGCACGCCGCCUCAGGCACAGCACCGGGCACUCUGCGUACCCUCAACCUUGACAACAGUAUUUACUUUGGUGGUCACGUACGCCAGAUUGCCUCCGCUCGCCACGGACGUAGCCUACCUGUCACCAACGGGCUCCGUGGAUGCAUGGAGGCCAUCACCCUGAAUGGCCAAGAGCUGCCUCUCAACACCCAAGCUCACAGGGCCCACGCUGUGUUAGAGGACAUUGUGGACGUGUCUCCAGGCUGUGCACUCGCACCUGCUGAGAGUUGUUCCAGCAACCCCUGCAUCAACGGAGGGGUCUGCACCUCCCUGCCUAAUGGAGGCUACUUCUGUAAGUGUCCCGGCUCUUUCAGGGGUACACACUGUGAGAUUGGCAUCAGCCCUUGUGCCUCCAACCCCUGCCUGUAUGGAGGCACUUGUGUACCUCGUGCAGAUGAUUUCUACUGCCAGUGCAGAGGGCAGUACUCCGGACAAAGGUGCCAGUUGGGACCGUACUGUAGAGACAAUCCCUGUAAAAACAGUGGGAAGUGUAUUGACAGUCUGGAUGGUCCAGUAUGUGAGUGUGAAGCCGGCUUCCAGGGAGACAGGUGCCUGAGUGAUGUCGAUGAGUGCAUCAAGAACCCCUGUGCCAACGGAGGUCAGUGCCAGAACACAUACGGAGCUUACAAGUGUAACUGCUCGCUGGGCUUCAGUGGACCGAUGUGUGACCUCCGUGCCGAGGUCCGCAAUGAAUUUGUCUCCACCUCCUGGAACAUCGGACUGGAGGAGGUGAUUGGCAUUGUAGUCUUUAUAUCCAGCAUCUUUAUCCUGGUGCUCCUCUUCAUCAUCAUCCGCAAGAAGGCGUGUCGCAGAAGGUCAAGGAACGAUGACGACAAACGCCCCGGAAGUUCAAACGUGCCUCACUCCUUCCUCCAGAGACCUUAUUUUGAUGCCAAACUCAACAAAAACAUCUACUCAGACAUCCCGCCUCAGGUCCCUGUGCGGCCCAUCUCCUACACUCCCAGCAUUCCAAGCGACUCACGGAACAACCUGGAUAGGAAUUCAUUUGAGGGCUCAGCCAUCCCGGAGCAUCCGGAGUUCAGCACCUUCAACCCGGACUCUGUCCACGGCCACCGCAAGACGGUGGCUGUGUGCAGCGUAGCACCCAAUCUUCCCCCUCCCCCUCCUUCCAACUCAGUCUCAGAUAGUGACUCCAUCCAGAAGCCAAACUGGGACUAUGAUUAUGAUGCUAAAGUGGUGGACUUGGACCCGUGUCUGACCAAGAAGCCUGUUGAGGACAGCGCCUGCCACCCUUACAACACCAGGGGCAGCAUGUCUGAGGUCCACUCCCUCAGCUCCUUCCAGUCAGAGUCCUGUGAUGAUAACGAGUCUUUUUUGGCUCAUGAUCUCAAGAACCCAAGAGGAUAUCACUGGGACACAUCUGAUUGGAUGCCAAGUGUUCAACUUCCUGGAAUCCAGGAGUUUCCACAGUAUGAGGUUGUGGAGUCGCCCGCCCCUUUGUACAGUGACCCGAGUGCCAUCGACACCGACUACUAUCCCGGCGGCUUUGACAUUGAGAGCGACUUCCCUCCGCCGCCGGAGGACUUCCCCGCCAACGAUGACCUGCCACCACCACCUUUGCCAGAGUAUGGUGACCGCUGCGACACGCUGCGGCCCCUGGGCAGAGACUUGGACAUGGCUCCGGCCAGUCCAGGCGGCUCGGGCGGGGUCCGCCAGCGCCCGGCCCUGCCCCAGCUCUACAGCCUUAACCAGUACCUGCCGCAGCACUCCUACCCAAGCGACGGGGGUGACACCGAGGGCCAAGGUGCUACAUCCACCUCAGCCAACACCACCCCGGCUUCCACCUUGGGCACCAGUGGCUACAGAGGGGGCUACCCUUUAGGUUGUAGUCGGGACUUUGACUCCUCAGCUUUGGACAACAUGUCCUUGUCUCUGUACACGUCCACAGCUUCUUGCUCGGACAUGUCGGCGUGCUGCGAGGAGUCCGAGGCGAUGAUAAGCGACUACGAGAGCGGCGAUGAAGGCCAUUUUGAGCGACUGGUCAUCCCGGCGCUGGACUCCCAACAGCACACUGAAGUCUGACACUGGAUCCAAACAAAAGUGCCUGAACCCACAGCUACACCUUAUGUUAGCCCUUCACACACCACCCACAUGAAAUACGCACAGUACGUGUACACACAAAAAACACCACACCCACACACACACACACACUCACACACAAACACACACAUGCGCACACAUACAAACACAAUGAAUUGAGUCAAAACACAGGGGUUGUUGAGACUGGUUGUGAAGGCCAUUCGGCUGAGAGGAUCUCAAGAAGCUAUAGAAGGAACUCUGUAGCAUCUUUACACUCUGCUCAGUCCAACUCCUGCCGCUCUGAGUCGGCGGUGCCAUUGCUUUAAAUAAUUGUCAUCAUACACACAGGAAGUGGAUUAUCUGAAGGAUCAACAUUUCAAUGUACAACAAGAAAAUCAUCAUGAAAAAAAAAAGAGUAUUUCACGACAACAUCUUUGUUUCUAUAAAUAAAAUCAAGCAAAAUGUUUUUAUACAAGUCCUCAUUUUCAAUGUAAAUUUUAAUGUACAGUUUUGAUUUCAAAGUUUACUAGGUUUUGUAGAUAUUCUAUGCUUUUAUUUUCAACAAAAAGAGUUAAAUGGUGUGACAUUAUCAGCCUUACUGUGCUUACAUUCACCAAAAAAAAGAAACGUUAAAAAUAGAGAGAGAAGAGCGUGGCUUUUCUGAACACAGUGUACUCGUAAAGUUUAUUGUCUCCUGCUCAUUUCAAAAAGGGUCUUCAAUGAACGACUGCAUAUUCUUGUGUUGUUGUUUUUUUAUUUGUUUGUUUGUAAAUUUUGACUUUGGAACCUCUUUAUUUUUCCACCAAGAAAAUGGGACCCAAUAUAUUUAUAGUGCAGAGUUAUCCAUGGACACGUGACUUUUUCAGGUGUCUAUGUGUGUGUGAGCAAU